AUGAUUUUUAUAAGUGUAAUUAAUUGCCAGUACGCUAGUGAUUCAACAAACAGUAGUUGUACUCGAACUAAACCAAAUAAUUUUUAUCGUGAAGGAAGUAUAGUUUUGAUGGGCAGUGGUUAUAAAAUUCCAAAUUCUAUGACAGAACAUUUAUUAAUAAUCAGUAUAUUUAUUAUAUUUUACAUGGCAAUUGAUCAUCUUUGGUCCAAUAUUAUUCCAAUAACAUCCAAUGAAGAUUAUAUAAAUAUGUUAACAAUUGAAAUUGAAGAAGAAAAUUGUAAUCAAUUUAAAUCAGGUUUUUGGUUGAGUCAUUCCUAUCAAUAUGAUCAUUUUUAUGAAUCUUAUGAAUUUUCACUUGUAUUCAAUUCGCAAACAAUGGAAGUAAAUGGAAAUGGGAUUGAUGAUAUAGGUGAAUUUAUUAUUAGUGGUGUUUAUUCCAUAAAUACUAAUCGUAUAGCAAUUAUAAAAACAUAUCGAGAAGAGAUCGGCAACUCUACAGGAAAUUUUGAACAUAAUAAUGUUACAGUUCAAGUUGCUUGGAAUUCAGAUCAAUACCAAUUCGAAGGGAAAUGGUUUAGAAAAACAAGAUAUUACAGUGAAAAUGGAAGAAUCGAACUUAAAUUUAAGAAAGGCUUUCGAGCAAUGGCAUGA